UGAGUUGCGAUGCACCCACCAAAGUGGUUAUCGGUCACACUGCACUGAUUUGUGAUUGUGAUGCUUGCCGAGUGUUCAUGUGCAAUAAUUGAACGUAGGUGACGAUCGAAAGAAUUUAAAUUAUUUUACGUGUAAGUUUUGCCAUAUAACACACCAGUGCUAAAAAGAGGUAAACGUUGUCAACACCGAAAUCGUCCACGGUCGAAGAUUGUGAAGAUUGGAAAUUGAUCGACGCCGCAAACUUGCAACAUCGUACAUCUGAAUUGCUGCUGCCGAACGUGGUGUUAAGGCCAAUCCGAUGCCAACGAGGCACACACUUCAGGACGAAAGAAAGCUGCUCUUCAUCCUUCGAUAGUCGUUGCUUAACGCAGCACUACUACCGUUGAAUCGUAACGGGGCGCUUGUCGUUGUUUAGUAGGUCAAGAUGAGCCGAAGUAAGAUCUAUCUGCUAAAACUAGCAAUAUUUCAACAUUGUUUUGUGUACAUAACACUCGCCGUGCUGGCAGCAAGUUUGACCAGCACAAAUGGAACCGACUACCUACUGAUAGCACGAUGUCGAUCAAAUUGUACUUACGACAAACAGUGCCACAACAAGUGUUUGCGUAACUAUUUGGAGAAUUCGGCUUACAAAAAGUAUGGAGACUGCCCUCCAAACCCUCCAAGCACUCUCGAUAGUCUAUGUCUUAACACGUGUGAUGGUUUAGACUAUAAGUGUCCUGGAGUGGAGAAGUGCUGUGCGCAUUCCUGUGGGCAAAGCUGUCAAAGCCCACACGAUUUAGAUAAGAUCAAAGGGUUGCCGCCAAUACCCGUACACGUGCUGCUGCUGGAGAAGGGAAAAAACUAUCGUGCCGCCCAAAUUAGUUGGGACAUGAAGAUGGAGGAAGAAAACAGUCCCACAUACUACGUCGUCGAAUCGAGAUUCCACAUCGGUACGAUAUAUGCAGAGCACAAAAUGGAAAACGACUGGCAACUUCACAGACCUGGCAGCUUCAUCCAGGAUGACUUAGGAAACCUCAAACGCUACAUCGGUGACCUCAAGCUCAAACCAGGCCGCUGGUAUCAGGUGCGCGUCGCAGCUGUCAAUGCCAUGGGAACCCGUGGAUACUCGUUACAUUCAAGGCCUUUCCAGCUUAGUAAAAAACCCAACCCCCCACAAGCUCCAAAAAAUUUUAUGAUCGGGGCGCUUAUAUUGAACGAAAACCGUACGUACAAUUGCCACGUAUCCUGGAGUCUUUCGCGGUCUGAUCUGCCGGUUGAGAAGUAUAAGCUGAGUUGGAGCGUUUUUCUGAACGCUACAGACAACCGAUCCAGAACAGACAAUUCGUCGCUUUUCAAAGAAACGGCUACCAUAUCCGCGCCGACUCGAUACUAUGACAUUCAAGGAUUGUUGCCCAACCGUUGCUACUAUUUGCAAAUACAAGCCAUCAGCGUUUAUGGAAAACGUCGUCUUAAGUCAAGCGCAAGCACGCAACUUAUGAACACUACCACGGAAGGUAGUGCGAGCUUGGAUAACUUACUAAUGGGCGACGCUGGCUACAACUACAAGCGACCAAAGCCUUCACACAGUCUCAAGGACGGCACAAUCACUGGCGGUUCCAGAAACCUUGCGACAGGAUCCACGAUACGGUAUCAGUUUGCAGCACGCAAAUCGGGCCUUGCAGUACGCUUAACGUGGUCUGAAAAAGGUUAUGGCCGCUAUCGAGUACACAUAUGCCGUGGGAAUCGGGAAUGUCUAACAACUCGGAGUGCCAUUGCCGGCAGUCGCAGUAAUUUACGAUCCAUCAACAAUCAAUGGCAUGAUGCUGUGCUGCGACGUAACACUUAUGAAUUCAGCAGACUCGACUACAACACACAAUACACCGUGGGCGUCCGAAUAGGACACCGGCGAGGCCCCGGUUACGAUAUUGUGCGCACGUUUACCACACCGAAAUGUGAGCGGUUUCAAGGGCAAGAUUCGAGCAAUGUCCAACCAAAUAAUCAGUUGAUGGAAUGCAACAUGUCUUAAAAAGAACGACAUGUUUGAAGAAAGCUUCAGUAGCGGUUAAUUAUGUUUUGUAAAGCUAACAAAAAAAGAAAAGAUUUUUUCUACAGCUAAUUCGAAAGGAGAGUGAAAGGAGUAAAGCUAAAGAAAUAAGAAAGACAUAGAGCAGAAGUUAUAGUUGCAUGCUAAUGUUACAUCUAAAGUUUCUCUGAUGUUCUAAUCGUGUAAUGUUUCCGUAUUGCCAUGCGAUUUUUCGUAGAACAAUUUGAACCGAAAUGGUUAAACGAGAUAUUCAUAGUUACAAAUAUUUAAAUGUGGUUGACUCGAGUCAAACUGAGCCGAGUUUAUAAAACAGAAAUACUUGCCUCGUGGGGAUCGCAAAACCGCUUGGCAAUGUUCAAUCGAUAAAAUAAACACCGAUAAUAUAUGUUC